CCGAAGAUAACGAUCGACUGGUGUUACUCAAAAUAAGAUGCUCGUUAUAAUGGCUUAUACGUACUCGUUGCUUUGUUAGAACUUGUUGAAAGUUGCAAAUGUUACUAAUGAACAAAUAAGCAUAACAAAUAAUGCAAUAAACAUAUCGUUCAAGAACUUGGACCAAAUAUGCCGUAAUAUUGUGCAUAUAUUUAUAUGUAAUAUUGCCGUAACCUGUUUACGGCUUCUAUACAACAAGGAAACAUACCCAUCCCGCUCGUUUCAUACCGUGUAACCACUUCGAGGAAACUAUCCAUAUUCAAAGAUUUUCUCAGCACCAAAAUAACUACGUGUCUGCGGACGUAUUGAACGUGUUCCAGCAGAAUCCUAUUUAAUUCGUUAUCAUGUUUGAGUCAAGUUUCGAACGGGAUGAAGGGGCGAUUUUGCCGAUCGAAGAACUCUUAGGCGAGAUGCCCGCGGGUCCUUUGGAUUACUACAGGAAAAAAGCAUCCUUUGAGUGGAAAAAGCUUAAAGUGCUGCUAGAGUCUGAACCAAUUGUUCGCUUCAAAACUCGUGUGUAUCGAACACUUGAGCAAGAUCCUUUGUUUACCCGUCUUCCUGGGCAAGAUCGGGGCACGUUACAAGACCGGCGAAAGGCAACGUUUCUCCAGAUGAAACGUUUGCUCGAAUAUCGCUUUUUCACCCAAAAAGAAUUUUUUGAGAACCCCGUACUGCCCAGUGUCCUUAAUAGUUGUAUUGGCUCUAUCGACUGGUCAUUAUGUCUCAAAAAAGUAUUGGCUGUUGACAUGUGCAUUGGGGCGCUUCGUGGCCUCGGGACUCAGCGUCAUUUGGACCUUAUCCCCGACCUUAUGAGGUUCGAAGCUGUUGGAUGUUUUGCACUGACUGAAAUGAGUCACGGUACGAACAUUCGUGGCAUGCGAACAGAAGCACGUUAUGAUCCAACUACACAAGAAUUUAUCUUACACACGCCAGAUAUUGAAGCAGCAAAGGUGUGGUCAGGAAACCUUGGCCAGACAGCUACGCAUGCGAUUGUCUUUGCACAGCUGUAUACGCCCGAUAAAAUGUGUCACGGUUUGCACGGGUUCGUAGUCCCUGUCAGAGAUCGACGCACACUGGCACCAUUUCCUGGGGUGACGCUUGGCGAUAUGGGUCCUAAAUUGGGCCUUAACGGAUUGGAUAAUGGCUUUGCGAUAUUUAAUCGCUAUCGCAUCGCAAGAGAAAGCCUAUUAAACCGUACUGGCGAUGUCACUCCCGAGGGUCAAUACGUGUCUGCCGUUGAUGAUCCAUCGAAGCGGUUCGGGAUGACUUUGGGUUCGUUGUCAAUGGGCAGGGUUGCUAUUGUUGGUUUAAGCACCACGAACUUGGUACAAGCGGUCGUUAUAGCGACAAGAUACUCCGCUGUACGAAGACAGUUCGGUUCCGAAGAAGGAAACCUUGAAAAACCUGUUCUUGAGUAUCAGCUUCAACAGUGGCGAAUCUUGCCUUUUCUCUGCGGCGCAGUUAUCAUGGACCACUAUGCUCUGGCUCUGAAUAGAGACUUCAUCACGUUCCAUAUGUCAACACUGUUUGGCGACCGAAGCUCUCAAUGGGCCGAGCAAGGCGUUGAAUUACAUAUUGUUUCGUGCGCGGCAAAAUGCUUUGCAUCAUGGUUAGCCCGGGACGCCAUACAGGUAGCUCGUGAAGCAUGUGGAGGUCAUGGCUAUCUCAGAUCGGCGGGACUUGCAGACAUUCGUGACGACCAUGACGGUAACUGCACUUACGAAGGCGACAAUAACGUUCUACUACAGCAGACAAGCAAUGUGCUACUUGCUGCCGUCGAAGGCGCGAAGAGCUCACUCCUUGGCGUGCCCAGUUUGCAAUUUUUGGAAAGACGAGAUCGAAUUUUAGCAACGGGACGCUUCUCCACUGAUGAAGACACCAAGACAGAGUUGAGCGUGCAGGACAUUGUGCAGAUCUAUGAAUGGCUUGUGUGCCAUCUACUUCAGCGGUGGCAGUUGGCUUUGGAGAGGUAUCGAGAACACGCCGAUGGACUGACCGCAAAGAAUAAUACUCAAGUAUUCCUGGCAAGAGAACUUUCACUCGCGUUUAUUGAGAUGGUAAUACUAAAACGCUUCGACCGGCUAUGUGAAGAGGUUUGUGUGAAAGGAGUACCACGAGUUCUUCUGACUCGAAUCACGUUGACAUUUGGCCUUUGGUGUCUUGAAAAACGAUUGACAGACCUUUACGCUGGAGGCUUCACUGCUGGCCCUGAUCUGCCAGGAAUAAUGCGCAGUCAACUGCUUUCAUUAUGUGCUAUACUUAAGGACGAGUCCGUGUCUUUGGCUGACGCAAUAGCCCCACCAGAUUUCGCCCUUCAGUCUGUACUGGGUCACUCGGACGGCGAUAUUUACAAACGGAUAAUGCAAGGCUUCGUCGAUGGCGAUAAUAUGGGCAGAGUGUCAUGGUGGACCGAAUUUCUUAACAAGCCAAAAGUCAACUCGUUACCGCUUGCGAAGCUUUAGGCCAGAGUUAUUAUUGCAGUUAGAACCUUUACUGUUAAAAUGUCGAAUCGAAAAGAGAUUUAGGAGUCUGUUAAAAGACGAUGCCUUUUAAAUAGCUAACAAGACAUCAAACAAAUGGAUAUUUGACAAAUACCCUAAAAACUGGAUAAUGACUGUAGAUUUAUUGAAUAUAUUUAACUAAAAGGUAUGCGUACCAAAAAUAAAUCAUUUUCAUUUAAUUGCACAGGGUAGCAUUAUAUGAAAACGACGUACUGACAACAAGCAAACUACCAAAUAAAGGAGUAGUGUUAAUGAACGGAUUACCGACAAGGGGUUCGCUUCUAUAUACAAUAUAUCUCUAGUUGUGUGAUAGUAUAAACGUUGAAACGUGCCUCUUCCACGUCCAUACGGCAUGGGGCUACACAGGAUAAAGGCACAGGAUGUUAUGUCAAAUACUUUACUUAUAUUUAAAUAAAGAUUUUUCAAGAGAGUGA